CUACACUGCGAUGUGUGUUUACCCCUAGUUGUGGCGUGGCAAAAAACAGCGGGGCGACCAAAACAAAUCUUGGUUCUCAAGAUCUGUCUUACUCGUUGCUCUGCUACUUUGUGUUUUCUUAUGAGCAUAUUUUUUUUUUCUCUGAAUUCAUUUAUUUUUUCCAUCUCAUAUUUUCCUAACUCUUCAGCCAUCGGCGAGGGUGGCUUUUGUGCGACAAGUGCACACAGUAUUUUUUCAAUAUUUUUAGUUUUCAUUUUCAUAUUUCUGUUUUUGCUUUUCGAGUGCGCAAAUCUCAUUCUCUAUCGCAUUCGCUGGCUGAAAAUUCUAAAUUUCCGUGAAGCCAGUCAAUCAGUCAAGGAGACAAAGUUUCUACGUUCGGUCGUUGUUAGUGUGCGAGAUCACGGUAUUCAGUUUGCAAUUAGCGGUCUUGCUAUUCGGGCGCGUCAGAAGCGUUUGUUUUAAAAAUUAAAAAAACAAUUUCGCACAACAAGCACUAAAGUGGAUUUAUUUUUAAUACAAUUGUGAGCAUUGUUAAAGUGUUUAUAUGCAAUAGUGUAUGUUUGCAAGUCUAUUUAUGUGUAAAUUUGUAUUAAAUUAAAUCGCCGGUUGCAGUUUAUACUGGACUUUAAGAAAUCAGCUCCCUCAAAGUUUCUCAUUUUUCAUUGUCCACAAUGCUUCCGCCUAGGAAGGCAAUAAAUGGAGCAACAUACAAGGCGGACCUAAAGCCAUAAAUACAAAAUUCGCUUUGAGCUCGUCUGUAGCACUCAAAGCUCAUAUACAUAAAUAUAGAGAUAAAAACAUGAUAAAAGACAAGAAAAGAAAUAAAAUGCUGAAAAAUGUACCAACCGAGCCGUCGAAAGUAUUGCCAAAGUGUUGGAAUAAAUUUAAAAGUUAAACCCAAAUCUACAGCGCUGUCUAUGCAGAAGAUUUGAAUGGGAUUUAACCAUAAAAGGAAAUCACAAAAAUAAUAAUAAAAAUAAUUUUCAUAACGUCGCCCAGCAGGACGACAGAAUUCGCAAAGAAUUUGAAUUUCUACAUACAACAACCACAUUACAAAAACAAAGCAAAAAGCAUUUCACACUCAACCAUAAGAAAGUAAAGCUCUUCGCACGUCCCUCAGCACCAGGCGAACACACAAAAUGCAACACUGCACAACAACGAAACUGAAGCUCGCCACUUUGCCGUCGUCAGCAACGUCGCUGUUGCCCCAUUUGUAUGUUCGCCCAACAACAACAACAACAACAACAACGCAUACACUGGUCCGCACAUUAUGCAUUUUACUCGUCGUAAACAGUUGGACCGCACUCACGCCGGUCCACUGUCAGCGGCCAUUGCUCAAUCACACUAACUACAAUUCGAUUGCGGCCGCACAACAACACAAUUACUUGGGUAGCGGCAAACAGCUGCGUAAUGGACGUACACGCGAUAUGCCCAUGCCGCAGGUGACAAUGUCAACGCUGCCGCAACGUGGUCUGGCACUCUAUGACGACUUUGACGGUACGGAUGGCACACGUGGACCGCCCUUGGGUGGACGUGGUGGUGGACGUAGCGACAACAGUCGACGCCGAUUUAAUCUAUCCAGCAACGGACGACCGGAUCGUGGUAGUGGUCGACGUGGUAUCGAAUCGUUGCGCAAAGAGUUGAUGAAACCACCUGUGGGUGGACCGAGUGGCAGCGAAAGUGGCAGUAAUAAGGGCUAUCCAUCGUAUACGGCGACAUCAUCUAUCGGCAAGAUCGAUGGGCUUGGUAGUUUGGGACCCGCUGACCGUUAUGGUGAGCAAAUACGUCCGGGGUUGGAUGCUGUGUAUGCAACGCAUUAUCCGCCACAAUUCGUCAUCAAUCAAGCGGGCACUAUCGACGACAAGCCGCUGCGCAUGAGUCCGAAGAAAUCCUACAAUUCCAUAUUGGAAAUACGCAAAUUGAAUAAGCAACGUUUUCCGCCCGGACAGGGCCAAGCCGACGAACCGGAUGGUGGUGUCACUAAUGGAAAUAUCGAUGGCGAUGAUGGCGCAGUGGAUGAGCAUAGAGAUCCAUUGCAAGUGAUCAAGGAGAAGAUGCGCAAUACAGCACCCAAAUCGAGUCCCUACGAAGUACACUUGGAUUCCACACCUUCCUCGGAAAUCGAAGAUCAACUUGGCGUAAAAUGUUCAUUUGAAACGCCCUGCGCCUGGAAAUGGGCAGAGGGUCUGGAAGAUGGUUUCGAAGUGAUAAGCGGCACAGAGUUGGUGAAACGAAAUAUGACCGGUUUAUAUCCAGGACCGAUUACCGAUGCAACAGACGAUGCAAAUGGUCACUUUCUGUACGCCCGUCUACUACCCACCACCGAGCAAGUGAAUCUCACCUCACCACAAUUCAGCACAACCAUGGAGAAAUGCUUUCUCGAAGUUUACAUGCACCAGAGUGACAUGAGUCAUGGACUUUCACGUGUCGUUGUUGAGCCAUUGCAUUCGCAGGAGAGCUCAUGGGUACCAGCCGAAAUACUCGGCGAUAAUUUUCGUCAAUGGGGCUUGAAAUUCUAUCGACUCGGACGCAUAUCACGUGAUUUCCGCAUUGUCUUCGAAAUCGUACCGAAAUUGGGUAAAACACAGAAGGCGCACGUGGCCAUCGAUAAUCUACGUAUGGUGAAUUGCUUCCCGGAGGGCACCAAGUCGGAGAAAUGUAGUACAUCGCAAAUUAAAUGUAUGGCGAACAAAGUGCCGGUGUGCAUACCGCUGCCACGUAUCUGCGACAUCACCAAAGAUUGUGACGAUGGCGAAGAUGAGUUGCUCAAUUGCGAUAAAAUUCCUUAUGGUGGCCGCUGCGACUUCGAACACGACUGGUGUGGUUGGCGUGAUUCGGGCAAGACUAUGCUCACAUGGUCGCGUCAUACGGGCGCAUCACCAACACACGACACCGGCCCGGAUGGCGAUCAUACACAACAACACCUCUUGAAUGCCACUGGCGGUUAUUAUAUGCUCGUGAACAUGAAUCAGCACAUGAAUAAUUCGGAGAAGGCUUUACAAGUCGGUUUCGCUAGUAAUGCGUUUAUGAUUAGUAAAACGUUUAAUCCGCCGCCACUGGUACAUGGUAAUCCCAAUUCGCCGUAUCGCAAUUCGUGUGUGGUGCGAUUUUAUAUACAUCAAUUUGGCAAGAAUCCGGGUAGUAUAAACUUAUCGGUGGUUGAGAUGAAGGAGAAGGAAAAUAUCACGACAACUCUAUGGUGGAGUAGUAAGAAUCAGGGCAGUGAUUGGUUGCGCGCCGAAUACAUCUUGCCGAACAUCACCUCCAAAUACUAUUUACAUUUUGAGGCACGCAAAGGUAUGCGCAUUUUCUCAGACGUCGCAGUUGAUGACAUUUCACUCAGUCCCGAAUGUUUUGGCAUAAAUAUACCGAAGGAAUAUCUUAACGGUUAUAACUACUGGGAUGUGCGGCAUAACUUCCGCAGUCCAUCACAUAAGGACUAUGAACACAAACAUUAUCUGGAGUUAACAGCUUGUGACACGCGCGGCAUGAUAGGACCCACACAGCAGCAGUGUGAAGCUUCAUACAAGGAGAGUAAUCGAAGCCAUGUACUGAAGGAGGUGCAUGUUAUCGAAGAGCCAAGUCUAUUCAAGGGCAUGCAGAAGUGGAAGGUGCCACACGAGGGUUACUACACCAUUAUUGCCAAAGGCGCCAGCGGUGGACUCGGUUCGGGCGGCAUUGGUUCCUCGCGUGGCGCUAUGGCCGUUGCCGUACUCGAGUUGCACAAAAACGAAGAGCUCUUCAUAUUGGUGGGCCAACAGGGUGAGAGCGCGUGCAUCAAGUCGCUCAGUACAAGCUCGGAGGAGGGUUGCCGCGCCGAUGAGGAUGAUAUAGAUUUGAGUCAAUACAGCUUCAGUUCGAAACAGCAUAUGGUGAAGAAUAUUUACAUUGAGUAUGGCGCUGGUGGUGGUGGUGGGGCAUCGUAUAUCUUCUUGCUCAACUCGGCGAAAAAUGAAGCCGUGCCGCUAAUGGUCGCAGGUGGUGGCGGUGGUCUCGGCAUUGGCCGGUAUAUCGAUGAAGAGUUCCAACACGGACAAAAACCGAAUCCGACGCGACUUGGCGUUACUGGGCAAAUACAUGGCGAUUCGUUGAAUACACAUUUGAAGACCGCUGGUCCGGGUGGCGGUUGGCGCGCCAAAGAUGAUCAAGCGCUAAGUCCAAAGUAUGGUGCUGCCCUGCUGCAGGGCGGCCGUGGCGGUCAUUCUUGCUACACCGAAGCGCCGGGCAGCAAUAGCAGUACGGUGAACAGGCAUGGACAAGGUGGUUUCGGCGGUGGCGGCGGUGGUUGCAAUACUGGUGGUGGCGGUGGCGGCUAUGCUGGUGGCGAUGUCUAUCUAAACGAAUCGAACGGCGAGGGCGGUACUUCGUUCAUCAGCGUUAGUCGCAGUUUGAAACAGUUCAAUACGGUGUAUGAAGGCGCUACCAGUGGUUCCGGCUUGGUCGUCAUUAUACCGGCAAUCGAGGGUUGUGGUUGCGACUAUCGUUGCAUAGCUUUAGAUGAAUAUCGUUCGAUGGUACGUUGUAUCUGCCCGGAGGGUUGGCGUCUCAAACGUGAUAAUCAAACGGCGUGUGAGGUUCUACCCAACGAAACUCAAACUUUCCCAUAUCUGAUGGCAUUCUUUAUCGCUAUUGCUUUGAUGUUGGCCUCUGCACUUACAGCGCUUAUCAUUAUUUUAUACAAUCGCUAUCAACGUAAAAAGCAGGCCAAGCUUCGGCACAAAAUGCUACUCGAACAGGAUCUACAACUCAGCCGCUUGCGACACAACAUCGACGACCCGAAUCUAACCAACUUCAAUCCCAACUACGGCUGCGAUGGUAUGCUCAAUGGCAAGAUCGAUGUUAAGCAAUUGCCACAGAUUAUACGCGAACACCUGCGACUCGUGAGCGCACUCGGUCAGGGCGCUUUUGGUGAAGUUUAUCAAGGUUUCUAUCGUGUGCACCAGAACGAUACCGUUGAAAUGCCUGUCGCUGUAAAAACACUACCAGAAAUGUCGACACAUCAAGCAGAGGAAGACUUUCUUAUGGAAGCGGCGAUUAUGUCGAAAUUCGAUCAUGGCAAUAUUGUACACCUUUUGGGCGUUUGUUUCGAUCGGCAUCCGCGUUUCAUUGUGCUCGAAUUGCUCUCCGGUGGUGAUUUGAAGAAUUUCCUACGUGAGGGUCGCAACAAGCCCGGCAAGGCAUCGGAGCUUACAAUGGGCGAUCUCUUACGCGCGGCGGAGGAUGUAGCCAAUGGUUGCAAGUACAUGGAGAGUAAACGUUUCAUACACCGCGACAUAGCGGCACGCAAUUGUCUGCUUAGCAGCUCGGGGCCGGGUAGAACCGUGAAGAUCGCUGAUUUCGGUAUGGCGCGUGAUAUAUAUCGCAGUGACUAUUAUCGUAAAGGUGGUAAGGCCAUGCUGCCCAUUAAAUGGAUGCCACCAGAGGCAUAUGUGGAUGGCAUUUUCACGGCAAAAACAGAUGUUUGGUCAUAUGGCGUACUGCUGUGGGAGAUCUUUAGCUUAGGCAUGAUGCCAUAUCCGGCUAUGCAAAAUACUGAAGUUAUGAAACUCGUUGCCAACGGUGGUCGCUUAGGUCAGCCACCUGGUUGUCCCGAAUUGAUGUAUCUCAUUAUGGCCGAUUGCUGGAAUCCCGAGCCAGAGCAUCGUCCUAACUUCCAGAGUAUACUCGAAAGAAUGCAGGCACUCUUAACCAGCGAGGAAGUAAUGAAGUCACCCCUGCCGCCAUGCUUCUUUCGUCCACUCGCAACAGAUCAUAAUACGACUGCACACUUGCCAACCGGCAAUCUGGAGUUCUGCUCACAAAUACAACAGAAUGCCGAGUAUCUGGCACCGAUGCCCAAUCCGGAUAAUGUACCACACUGCUCUAACGGUGCCGCAGCCAAAGUCUCAACGGCAUGCAGUGCCGAUAUUUGUACGCCACCAACAAUUGCAUCACCAGCAGCACCGACAGUUGUCGAAUUUGAAGGUGCCGCCUCAAUGCCGGGCAAUGACUGUUGGGAAACUUCCUUCAUAUUACCCAAUUCGAAGAGUGAUCAGCCCUUGUUGAAUAGUUCAAGCGCAGCCAAUGUCAACGAGUUGACAGAGCAGCUCACAGCAGCAAACGUUGGCGGUAUUUGUGUUGGUGUUGGUAGAAAUGAUGAGGGCGUCCUCAUGAAUGGCAAAAAUGCGCCAAAUAAUGCUAACAGCGCACAGAGUAGUAGAAGUGGUAGUAGUUGUCAACAACAACAACAACAACAACAACAACAGUCGCCAGUGCUUCAUAACGGCAUAAAUGGCAUCAAGAUGAAUCAUCUCAAUCAUAACAAUAACAACCAGAGUAAUAUUACUAAUAAUAAUUAUAACCAACAGCAUGCACAUCAGCAUCACCUUCAUCAUAAUCAUCAUCAACAUCAUCACCACCACCAACAACUACCACCACAACCAUCACAACAACAACAACAACAGCAACAACCUGCCGUACACGAAGCGGAGGAAGCCAAACUCAUAAGCUUGGACACGCCACAACCCACACCGACUACCAUACAACCGCCACUCUCAUUCUGCUCACAACUCGACGGCAUUACACUCGAUCCGGCGGCGCUCAACAAGAGCUUACAACAACACAAGCUAGGUGCUGGCAUCGGCCUAGUGGCACCCACAUCAUCCUAUGCCAACAUACAGCUGAUGAAGGUGCCGCAGAACAACUGUAUGAUGGCGAGCGUAGACGCCGCCGAGCGCCCAAUCGUUGAUGGUGACACCACAAAAUCGAAUGGCGCUAUGGAUGCGUCGCUACAAAAUGGACCCGUAGCCGUUGUCUCGAAUGGUGUGGCGAGUGUAAAUGGUAAUGGUGUUGCGUUGGUCGGCGCCGAUUCGGCGGUGGCGGCACCAUUCACAAUACAAGGUUACAAUGAACGUCACAAGGAUCAGCAUGCCGAGAUCAGCUGCUAAGCGGUUGAAUGCAAAAAAAAAAAUGAGAUUAGUAAGAAGAAGAAGAAAACAAAAACUGCUGUGCGCAUACAGUGACGGCUAAGAAGAGUGAAGGGAUUGCCAAUGUCGGUGACAGUGGUGGCAGCGGCAGCGGCGGCGCUAGCGUAUAACGCAGGCGUUAAAGUGUGUCAGCGGUGUACAGGGUGUGUUGGUUGUAUUGUUGUAUUUAAUUUUUACACAAAGAAAAACACAGAAAAUUCAUAUUUGUAUAAGAGAAAAUAUUUAAUACAAAUAUAAGUGAAAUAUAUAUAUAUACAUAUAUGCAUAUAUAUAUAUGUAUGUAAAAUAUCUAAUUAAGCAGUUCUAGAACAAAAAGUCUUGGGUCAUAAGUUCAAAUACGAAAAAUAAAGCAAGACAACGCGGAAAAAUUAAAAAAAAAACAAAUGCUAAAUUGGCUGCUUUUUACAUAUAUAUAAAGAAAAAUAAAACAAUGUAAAUGUUAAAAAUUAAAAUAAGUUAAGUUAACACGAGAGCAGUGCUGUCUUCUAUACCUUUCAUGAACAAAUCGAUCUUUUUUUUCAAACAAAACCUCAUUUCAGAAAAAAACGGUUGGCUGUGGGUGGGGAGGGGGGCUACAUGGCAGUCUUUUUUGACGGUAUUUCGGUCCAAAAUAUCAGAUCCAACAAAUCGGUUGCAUGAGCAACUCUAGGUCGUAAUAUUGCCAUUUCGAUGAUUUUGAGUGCCAAUAAUUUUAUGAAUUUACGUGUGCUGCAUGUCAAGUUUCAAGCCCUCAGAUGCUUUUUUCUGACGGUUUUUCGACUAAAAACCUCAUUUCACAACCAAGUCGGUACAUGGGGAGGGGGCGCUAUCUAAUAAUGUUUCGAUCUAAUCGGUUUCGGAGAAAUAAUCAAGGCAGUCUGUAAGUAAAACUGCGUAGCAAGAUUGGAAUAGCAAAAAAAUUGGGGAACCCGCUUGCAUUCAAUCAGCUUUACAGAUAGACAGACACCAGAUAGGCAGAUAGACGAAGAUGACUAAGUCAACUCAGUUCAACGUUCUGCUCCGAGCGGUAUAAAUCUUAGUUCCCAAGUAGCUCUCUCUCUCUCUCUUGUCCCAUUCUGGUACUGACAUACUUCGUACCGAAUUCUUUAUACCAUUUGAAGUUCAUGAAAGGUAUAAAAUGUUAUGGCAACCCUGAAAUGACAGUGAGUUUAAGUUGCAUAAAAAUUAAAGAAAAUAAAAAUUAAUUAUAAUUAAAUUGAAAACUAAUAAAUAAAAAUAUUUUAUGUAGUAGCAUAGUUAAGCUAAUUUUAACCUAAAUAAUUUAUUAAAAAAAAAAAAAAAAAAAAAAAAA